AUGAUGCUACUCGUGAUAUCGAUAGUAAUACUCAAGAUAGUAUGGGCUAAGGAUAAUGCGAUGCAAACGCGUCCUGUGCUGCUCAUUCCGGGCUUUGCAUCGUCACAACUGCAGUCGUGGAGCCACUAUCGCUGUGCGACUGGUUUCCGUAAUAAUCUGUUCCGAGACAUUAACUUUGGCGACCGAGUAUGGGUUGACGUGGCUCGUGUAUUGGCACAAAGUGACUGCUGGAUCGAUUGUAUGAAGCUGGAUAUUGCAACACAAGAGGAACGCGUAUGCAAGCUGCGAGCAGCACAAGGUCUUGAAGCAGUGUCUGAGCUUGAUCCGGGCAUUGUCACCGGCCCGUUAUCGACAAUAUGGCGUCGUAAUAUUCAAGAUAUGGUGGACCAUUUUGGAUUGGACCCGGAACAACUAGUUGUCGCAACGUACGACUGGCGACUGCCAUCGAGUAAGCUACAGCAACGUGACAAAUUCUUCUUAUCACUUAAGAGAAAAAUUGAGCUUACAGUCGAAAUGGAUGGGUAUCAAGGAGGAAUGGUUGUGAUUGCACACUCGAUGGGAAAUAGUGUCUUUCGGUAUUUUCUCGAGUGGCUCAAGGAAGAGGUGGGACGAAACAAUUGGCAAAAGUGGUUGGAUUCCCAUAUUUCAGCAUAUUUUGCUGUCGGCUCACCCUUACUUGGAAGUAUCGAGUCUCUUGAACUCAUUACGUCCGGUCUAACAGAAGGACUACCAAUCACGCAGAGUGAAAUGCGCAAGCUCGUCGUAUCUUUCGGCUCUAUCUUAAGUUUCUUACCAAUUUCUUCAGGAUUGGGCAUAGCCGAAGACAACGAUGUUCUAGUUACAGUUCGUUUUCGACAGGAAGAUGCUUCCAAAAAUGAGUUGGAACGGGUUCGCAAUUUUACUAGCGCUGACGUAGCGUCGGGUCAAUUUUUCCGCGAAAUGGCAACUCACGAUCCGAUCUUUGCACAGUUGGAAACAAUGCGUGCACAGUUUUAUGCGAAAGACUCAGUCUUUGAUCAUUCAAAACCCUUCGAACGACCGCCAAUCGCUUCGGUCUACAGUGUCUAUGGUGUCAAUGUCCCGACUAAGGCCUAUUACGAGUAUGAAAGUACAGCAACACCAGAACGCUGGUUUCAAGUGCAGCUGAAGAAUGAAAUAGGACACGAGCUAACAUGCAGGAAAACGGGUGAUGGCACUGUACCAUACCAUUCACUUUCUUUUGCACACACGUGGUUGGGCUCAAACGGCUCCAUCGUUCGCGUUACUCAGACCCCGCAGUCUGUUUACUUUUCACGUCAAAAUAUCACACGAGUUCGUGCUAUACGACACGCACGUCGUCACGCUGAAUACGCGUUGUUGAAGAAAAAUAUGUCUAUUUGCGAGGCAAAGAAAGAAGCGUUAUUGACCAGUGGCACUUCGGCAGGUUUCUUUGCUGGACUCUUUGGAUCACAAAAUCACGACAAAAUUACAUUCUUCGAAAGCUCGAAGAAAGUGAAUGGAGUUACGUAUUCGACUGGCGUAUGGGAAAUGGAUGGAGUGGGACAUCGUGAUAUCAUAUCAAAUCCAACGUUUCUUCGUGAGUUACGGGCCGAGUUACGGCACAUUUUUAAUGGAAAAUCGAAUUCAGACAAGUCAUCUCGUCCGCCAGUCGUCGACGGGGAUUGCUAUUGGAAUUAUCGGUAUGCUUAUUGUGAGUUUUCCGACUUUUGUGAAUACCGUUAUGUCUUUGGAGACAUGACUUUCGACCAAUCCUGCCGCAUUCGAAUUAAAGAGAAUCUGCUUGCGCCGACGUCCUCUGCGAGUCCUUUUCUGGGUGUUUCGGCAUUGACUGCACAUCAAGAGCCAGUCGAUGUAGCAUUUACAGGACCAUAUUGCUCGGCGCCAUGUCAAUUUGUUUCAUCUUCAUCACCUAACACUUCGAUGUCUUAA